AUGGAUUUGUUUCACUCUCCAAAAUUUGUCUCUCACGUCGAAAGCCUCCUGGACAAGUUCCAUUGUCCCGGUGCUUCCAUUGCCAUUGUGCAAAAUCAUACCAUUGCCUCUGCUGGCUAUGGCCUCGUUCACCUCCAUCCCCCGGAGCUCAUGACGCCCGAUACUCUUUUUGAUGUUGCGUCGGCCUCCAAGUCCCUCACGGCGGCGUCGGUUGCUCUUCUUGUCGGAGAUGACCAGAAAUACCUUAAUGUCACGUAUGAGACGACAAUGUCCAGCCUCUUACCGGAUGACUUUGUCAUGUCUGAGGCGAGCUACACUGAGCAAGUCACUAUCGAAGAUGUUCUUUCUCACCGCACGGGUGUCGCACCCAGUGACGGGGGAGGCCUUCAAGCCGGAUGCUGCGUGGGGAUUAAUUGGGAUGUAAAGGAGAUGGAGGCAAAUAAGGAGGAGAUUGUAGAGAAGAAGCUGUUGAAGAUGCAAUGGGUUACUGCCAAAUUAGGCGAAGAAGGACACCCGUUCCAAACUUAG